GCCCGAGGGUUAGGCUGGAUUUCGUCAACAGGAUUGAGGGAAGGACGUGGGCAAGAAACUGUAUGGAGAUUGGCUGGAGGUACUUCCAGUGAGCUUCACCCGUGACCCGGGAUCGUCUGGCGCCAAAAUGUCGCUUGUUGCGGGGGUUAUCCGGCGGCUGGACGAGACAGUAGUGAACCGCAUCGCGGCAGGAGAAGUUAUCCAGCGGCCGGCUAAUGCCAUCAAGGAAAUGAUUGAGAACUGUUUAGAUGCAAAAUCCACAAGUAUUCAAGUGGUGGUUAAAGAGGGAGGCCUGAAGUUGAUUCAGAUUCAAGACAAUGGCACUGGGAUCAGGAAAGAAGAUCUUGAGAUUGUGUGUGAGAGGUUCACUACUACACCACAGUUCAAAAGCAUCAGUUCUUCGGUGCUCAACCUUCUUUAUGGUCCAGCUUUGGCCAGCAUAAGCCACGUGGCUCACGUCACCAUUACAACCAAAACAGCUGACGGGAAGUGUGCAUACAGAGCUCAUUACUCGGAUGGAAAGCUGAAAGCGCCUCCUAAACCGUGUGCAGGCAACCAAGGGACCCAGAUCACGGUGGAGGACCUUUUUUACAAUGUAUCCACGAGGAGGAAAGCUUUAAAAAACCCAAGCGAAGAAUAUGGGAAAAUUUUGGAAGUUGUCGGCAGGUAUGCAAUACACAAUUCAGGGAUUGGUUUCUCAGUUAAAAAACAAGGUGAAACAGUAGCCGACGUCAGGACCCUGCCAAAUGCCACGACUGUGGACAACAUUCGCUCCAUCUUUGGAAAUGCUGUUAGCCGAGAAUUGAUAGAAGUUGAAUGUGAGGAUAAAACCCUUGCCUUCAAAAUGAAUGGCUACAUAUCCAAUGCAAACUAUUCGGUGAAGAAGUGCAUCUUCUUACUCUUCAUCAACCAUCGUCUGGUAGAGUCCGCUUCCUUAAGAAAAGCCAUAGAAACGGUGUAUGCGGCGUAUUUGCCCAAAAGCACACAUCCGUUCCUGUACCUCAGUCUAGAAAUCAGCCCCCAGAAUGUGGACGUCAAUGUGCACCCCACGAAGCACGAAGUUCACUUCCUGCACGAGGACAGCAUCCUGGAGCGGGUGCAGCAGCACAUUGAGAGCAGGCUCCUGGGCUCCAACGCCUCCAGGACCUACUUCACCCAGACUUUACUGCCAGGUCUCACUGGCCCCUCUGGGGAAGCAGUUAAAUCCACAGCGAGUGUGACUCCCUCAUCCACUGCCGGAAGUGGUGACAGAGUGUAUGCCCACCAGAUGGUCCGCACAGACUGCCGGGAGCAGAAGCUCGAUGCCUUCCUGCAGCCUGUGAGCAAGGCCCUGUCCGGGCAGCCUCAGGCUCUUGUCCCAGAGCACGGGACAGAUGCUUCUAGUAGCGGGACCAGGCAGCAGGAUGAGGAGAUGCUUGAACUCCCAGCUCCUGCUGAAGUGGCUGCCAGGAGUCAGGCCUUAGAGGACGACGCAACAGUGAGGACUGCAGACCUGGCCGAGGAGAGAGGGCCCUCUUCCAGCCCUGAGAACCCCAGAAAGAGGCCUCGGGAAGACUCUGAUGUGGAAAUGGUGGAGGAUGCAUCCCGAAAGGAGAUGACAGCCGCUUGUACCCCCCGGAGAAGGAUCAUCAACCUCACCAGCGUUCUGAGUCUCCAGGAGGAGAUCAACGAGCGGGGCCAUGAGAGUACGUAAGUGCCGAG